AUGGCAGGGCCUCUGGGGGAGAAUGAAUUUGCUGCCUUACUCAAGGCUGUGCGAAGUGGUGAUUGGGAAACUACAAGAGCAUUGCUUAAGCUCGACCCAGCUGCAUUGAAAAGAAGAACUUGUACAAUUAUGGGUGGGACAGUUCUUCACGCUGCUGUUGAUGCUGAACAGGAACUUAUAGUGGAGAAGUUGGUCGAUAUGAUUUCGGAACCUGAUAGCUUAAAAGAAAUGAGAGAUAAUUUUUGCUUUACAGCUCUACAUCAGGCAACUACUAGUGGGAAUUGCCGAAUCGCAAUGUGCUUGAUUAAGAAGUACGAAGGCUUGGUCAGCGUUAGAAAUAUUGACAGAGAACUUCCAGUUACUAUGGCUAUGGGCUUUGGGCAUAAAAAAUUGGCUCGCGAGCUCUAUCAUUUAACUCCGCCUGGAGAUUUGGAGGCAGAAGAAGGUUGGCAAGGAGCCGCACUUCUUAAGAGCUCUAUCUAUGCCAGAGAUUUAGGUAUACACAUUUCAUUAGAUCGUGCUGCCAAUCAAUUCCGUUCCAGCCGUUUCCGUUAUGGAGAAGAAGAUAUCAGACCAGUGCGAGCUGAUAUGUGGCGCCAUCUCUUAAAGUUCUUGGGUACACGCAUUUCAUUAGGUCGUGAUGCCAUUCAAUUCCAUUGCGACAACCGUUUCGAUUAUCGAUCAGUGCGAGCUAUAUGGCGCCAUCUCUUAAAGUUCUUGGGGAUGUUGCCAAAAUAUUCUGCUAUCGAUCACAUAAGAGGUGCAGCUUUGCAAAUGCAAAGAGAAGUUCAAUGGUUUAAGGAGGUGGAAAGCAUUUGCCCUCCCUCUUGUAAGGACCAUUUAAACAACAACGGUCUGACUGCCAUACAAUUGUUUACGACAGAGCACCAAGAAUUGAGGAAAGAUGGAGAAAAAUGGAUGAAGGGCACUGCAACUUCUUGUACUGUGGUCAGCACCCUUAUCAUGACCAUCAUGUUCGCGGCAGCAUUUACCAUUCCGGGUGGUAACAACCAAGAUACAGGCUUGCCAAUCUUCAUGCAUGACAAACUAUUUAAUGCUUUAUAG